UAUAUAUUCAGUCGACAACACAAGUGCCAACAAAUAUUUCAGUGCCUUUUUUAAAGUAUUGUUAAGAGUGCAUUUGUUUACUGCAUUUAAUACACUAUGUCGUCCGGUGGAUGGGAAUUAGUUGGAAGAAAUAAAAAAGAUAAGAGUAAUGGAAAGGUUAAUAAGCUCUCCAAGGCGGAAAAAAAGAAAUUUAUCGAAAAUGCGCCAAAAGUAGAAGAUUUUCUACCUUUGAGUCAGGUAAAAACUUUAUACGAUAAUUUAGAACACAAUAAAGAAAAUAAAAAGCCAUCAAAGGAAAAAGAAAGCAAAACUAAAGAAAAUGAAGAGAAAAAGAAGCAACAAAAAUUGCAACAGGCUGAGAAAAAGAAGCAAGAACCUCCUAAAGAAAAACCACCAAAAUCUAUAAAAGAUGCAUUAAAUAUGAUUAAUGCAGAUGAAAUUCGCAGUAUUUUAACUACUGGCCAAACCAGAUUCCCAGAUGCUCCACUGAUUUGGUUGAAAGAUCUUGCUGCUUUUCUGAAUGUAAAAAUACCAGUUGAUAAAGAAGAUGCAAUCUUUUCUGGAAAACCUAAAGACUAUCCAUUGAGUAUAGUACCUAAAUCAAUUUCUUCUACUUUGGAGAGAGCCAUUGAAAUGGCAGGAAAACAAACAGCACAACUUUUUUAUGAAAAUACUCUUACUACAAUGGCCACUGAUAUGGUUAAAGGAUCACCUGCUGUAGGUCACAAAAUAUUUGUACAACUUUUAGCGCGUACCAACCCUGAAAUGACUGUUGCUAACAUUCCUAAAUUGAUCACUGUGAGAAACUCUUAUCAGAAUAGAAAAACUAUUGGUUUGUCUUUGCUAUGGGCUUUAUCUCAAGCUGGUAGAAAAAAUUUGGCUGUGGGUUUGAAAGUAUGGCAUGAAGUAAUGUCUCCUAUGUUGGAAACAAAAAGUUACUCUAGUUAUAUAGCACAAAUUCUUAAUGAUCUUGUGUUCGAACAUGAAAACUUCCAUGACCUUAAACCAGAAUUGUAUCUUGACAUUGUCGAAGAUACAUAUUCGGGAAAAUAUAAUAUUCCUGCCACUGUGAGCAGAGAAAUUAAUAAUAGUAUGGAAAAAUUAAGAUUAAUAUUAAUUAAGAAUAAAAAUAUAAGUUAUGUGAAGUUGUUUGAAAUGCUGAUGGGAAAAAUUACACAGAAAGUACAUGCAAAUUAUAGAGAUGAAUUAAUCAAAGCUCUUGUAGCCUGUUUGACUACAGAUUCUUUGUGUUUCUCUGUUUGGACAUCUCUUCAUGUUAAAAAUUUAUAUCAAUCUCAUCUUCUUUUAACAUAUAUCGAGGGUAAUUGGAAUACCUUACGUACACAACUGGAAGCAAAAUGUUUGAAAGAAACAUGUAUAGCAUUCCAGGCAACAAAUGAGAGGUGGAAAAAAGGCAGAGAUGAAAAUCUUGCUAACAGUUGUAGCAAAAUAUGUAAGAUAUUAUUAGUGAAAAUGACAGCUUCUAAUGAUAAAAAGUUUCCUUGGAAAAAGGGAAUUGUUUUGUUAUUACUUCUAACGGCUGUCGUUUUUGGUUAUGAUACCUAUAAACAUGGCUGUUUUAAAGCACCCAAUACAAGUAAAUGCUUGAGAAGAACUGUAUCAUAUGCGUAUGGGCAACAAUCAUGGACUCUGGUGCAAGAAUAUUCCUCUAAAUCUCUUGAAUUUAUAGAAUCUACUUCUCCAGAGCAUUAUAAAGCAACUGUGGAAACAUUUAAACCUUACAUCAAAUUAGCUGGAGAUGUCUGUCUCGUGAUAAGAAAUAUUUCUUUCAAAAUUUAUGAAAAUAUCGGUGAAUAUGGUGCAAAGAAUGGACCUGUGGUCUUACAGACAAUUGAACAUUAUGUUCCUGGAAUGUUAGAUAAAAUUAAUUUAUGGAGCAACCAAAGUUUAGAAUUUGUGAAGGUUUACUCAAACUUAUGUGCAGAGAAAGUUAGUGAGCAUUCAGCUGCAACACUUCGAUGGCUAGAACAUAAUGUUUUUGUUGGAAAAUUGAGUCCAGAAAAUUUACAAAAUUAUGCUUUGAAAGCUAUUGAUACUACACAGUCAUUGGCAAGUCGAACUUAUGACUGGGUGUAUGAAAAGGUGCAAACACUUUCUAAAGUUCCGUGAAUGAAAUUCAUUAGAUGUUAAAAACCGAUUUUCUCGAUGAAAAUCUCCUCCCACACCUCAGCAUUUAGUUCUAUAAUUCCGAAGUCGAAAUGUUACAUAUUUCCAAAUACAUUGUGGCGGCCAUUAUACCUGUGAUACUUGAAAGAUGUAUAAUAUUCCAAUGAAUUAUGAUAUUUUAAAAACCUAAAAAUUUUAUGAGAAUAUCAGUCUUUUUUAAAGUUAAUAUCUAUGUCAAAAUAACGAUUAAAGUAAUAUAUAGACUA